AAACCCUAAUUUCUGCAACUGAGAUUACAAUCAUAAUCAGUCACAGUACCAAAUCUCACAUUUCCCACUAAUCCCAUUCCCUCCAUUUCCCAUUUCCACCGUCUCCCUUUCCUCCGGCCGCCGUUGAAUCCGCCGGAACGCGACCGCGACAACGAUCGACAAUGCCCCGCGUCGAUCCUCACUCCUACACAGACUCCACCCACCCCGUCACCACCCACAUCUCCCUUUCCUUCUACUUCGAUUUCCCAUCCUCCACCAUUCUCGCCACCGCCCUCCUCUCCCUCUCCGCCCCUCACUCCGGCGCCUUCACCGUCGACUCCCGCUCCCUCUCCAUUUCCGCCGUGGUUGACCCCGUCACAUUCGUCGCCCUCCCCUUCACGCUCGAGCCCGUCUCUUCCGACGCCGUUCUCGGGCAAGCCGUCACCGUCACUCUCUCGAACCAGUCGCAGCUGUUGUUUAUCUUCAAAACCUCGCCGUCGUCCUCCGCGCUGCAGUGGCUCUCCCCGCCUCAGACCUUCAACAAGUCCGUCCCCUUCGUCUACACUCAAUGCCAGGCCAUCCACGCCAGAUCCAUUUUCCCUUGCCAAGACACCCCCGCCGCUCGCAUCAAAUACUCCGCGAAAUUGAACAUCCCGCAGUACUUGUCCGCGGUGAUGGCGGCGAGGCACGUCAAUAGGAGGGACCCUGUCUCCGGGGAGUCCAACGGCGCGUGCGACGACUCGCUGUGGUGCGGGGAAGGUAGAACUGUGGAGGAAUUUGUGAUGGAGCAGCCUGUGCCGCCAUACCUGUUUGCAUUUGCUGUAGGGGAGUUAGGGUUCAGGGAGUUGGGUCCCAGAACAAAGGUGUACUCCGAGGCCGUCCCUGAAAUGCUAGAUGCUGCAGCGAGAGAGUUUGCAGGGGCAGAGGAGAUGAUCAAGGUUGGGGAGGGGCUGUUUGGGCCUUAUGAUUGGGAGAGGUUUGAUCUGCUGGUUUUGCCUCCGAGUUUUCCUUAUGGAGGAAUGGAGAAUCCCCGGAUGGUGUUCUUGACUCCUACUGUGAUCAAGGGGGAUGCGUCCGGAGCUCAGGUUGUGGCUCACGAGCUUGCACAUAGCUGGACAGGGAAUUUGAUAACCAACAAGACAAAUGAGCAUUUCUGGCUGAACGAGGGUUUCACAACAUAUGCGGAGCGGCGAAUUGUUGAGAUUGUGCAAGGAAAAGAGAGGGCUGUACUAAAUAUUGGAAUCGGUUGGAGAGGACUUGUUGAGGAUGUAGAGAGGUUUAAGGACAACAUGGAAUUCACAAAAUUGAAAAACAAUCAGCAAGGGAUAGAUCCAGACGACGUAUAUUCAUCAGUGCCCUACGAGAAAGGAUAUCAAUUUCUGUGGCGCAUUGAGAGACAGAUUGGCAGGCCUGCUUUCGACGAAUUUCUGAAGAAGUACAUUGCUGCCUUCAAGUUCCAGUCCAUUGACACAGAAACAUUCCUCGAUUUUCUAAAAGCGAAUGUUCCCGGUAUAGAAGAUCAUAUUGAUCUGAAACUAUGGACUGAGGGCACCGGCAUUCCGCCCGAUGCAAUGGAGCCUGCUUCUGAUAUCUAUGCAAAAAUCCUUUCUCUGGCCAAUGAGUUCAAGUCAGGCCGGAUCCCAAAUGAGGACGAAGUUUCAAACUGGGGAGGUCAGGAAUGGGAGCUUUACAUAGAAAACCUUCCUAAAUCCAUCGAGGCUUCGCAGGUGUUGGCUCUGGAUGCUCGCUACCGGCUGUCAGAAUCAAAAGAUUAUGAGGUGAAGGUGGCGUUUCUCCAGCUUGCAAUAUCGUCGAGGUGCAGUAAUUACUACAACGAGGUGGAGAAAACACUUAAAGAAGUCGGUAGAAUGAAAUAUCUGCGCCCACUCUAUACGGCUCUUGUGCAGGGCCCCGGUAAAGAAGAAGAGAAAAUAUUUGCAAAGAGGUUGUUCUUGGAAGCGUGCAGUUGUUACCACCCUAUCGCCCAAGGCGUCGUGGAGGCCAUCCUUGCCAAACACAUGUAAACAAGAAAGGUAGGUAUCAUAUCAUGAUCAUCCAUGGCCUCUGCUGCAACUCAUCAAAUUCUUGAUUUGAAAUAUGUUGUUUGUGUAGUAGUGCUGUUUCAUUUUGUUAGCUUUGUUAUUACUGCUCAUGCUGCCUGAUUGGCUACCUAAGUUAAAUGUGCCUUUUAAGUCUUUAAUCUCUUGAGGAAAAUUUUCUUGUUGGUGUUUAUA